AAGUAGUAGUUAUUAAAUUCUUUAUGCCUCUUCAUUUUUUUUAUUUUUCAAAAUUGAGAAAAAUUAUUUUUUUGGCCGGUAGUCAGGCUUUACGAAAAGUAUGCGUGAAACUUCCAGUAGUCUGUUUGAUAGUGACAUGUUUCCGAAUUAUCUGAUCAGAUUUCUACCAUCAUCGAUAUUUUGUGAAAUCUAUGCUGCGUUUAUUCUUGGGAAAAUUAAAAGUUACGAGGCUGCAAGAGAUUCAAGGCCAACAGGUUUACAGAUGCUAUGGCCAAUUAAAGUCAAAAUCAGUAAUAAUGGCUUCCCCCAUUGAAGGAGCAACCCCCAGAACGCCUGUAAUAUCUAUUAUCAAAGAGAAUGGUAACGAAAAUCGCUCCUCCAAUUCCAAAUCUUCUAAAUCCAGACGGUCUUUAUUAAAGGAUCUGAAAAAUCAACCCCAAUCUGCUAUUGUUAUUGAUUAUAAUGAAGAAGAAGAAGAGAAUAAAUCGAAGGGCUGGCGUGUUUAUCUCAUCAUAUCUGCAGAUAUGCGCAAGACAUAUGUGGGUGUCACUACAAACUUCAAACGCAGAUUGAGGCAACAUAAUGGUGAACUUAAUGGUGGAGCUAAAGCAUCGCGAGCAGGGAGGCCUUGGCAAUGUGUAUGCCUGGUUCACGGUUUCAAAGACCGCUCCGAGGCAUGCGAAUUUGAAUGGAAGUGGAAGCAUUUUUCUCGAAAGUCAUCUCGUAAGUCAAAGAAACUUGAAAAUGUAAGUGAACAAACAGGAUACUUUGCAUCUCCUCUUGUGAAACACAGACAAGCAGCACUCAAUAGAGUCAAGGAAAACCUUGAUUGCCAGCACCUAAAAAUUCAGUGGCAAGAGCAGUCGCCAUCUUAAUUAAUGUACCUUAGCAAAUUAGCUACCCGUGUAUUUUUGUGUACUGUUAUCCAAAAUAGUGCUAUGAUUCCUUGUCAAGGCAACUCUCAAACAGAUUUCCCCAAUAAACAAAUCAAGUUCGAUUGUUAAUUUAAAUCGAGUUUGGCAUAUACCCAUUAUAGCAUGCCUAUUCUUUCUGGUUAUGAACAGAGAGUCUCGCAAUUGUUGCAGAAGUGUGCUUAGCGGCAUCCAAGUGCUGUCAACAUUCUCGUCAAUCUGUGCAUCUGAAUGCAUUUGUGAAUAUGUUGGAAUAGUAAAACUAUUCUUGCAAAUCAGUAAACCAGUGCUCUACCAAGUUAUAAAGGCUAUAUCUUUUCUUUGUUGCGAAUUGUGACUACAUUAUGACUUUUGUUGCGAAUUGUGACUACAUUAUGACUUCCAUGCUACAGCUAUCCCUUGCAGAGGAGGUGUAAAUCCCCUAUUGCUUGGCAUAAAGUACCAUCAUACAUGAUAUGAUAAUUUAUUUUCAA